AUGCCUUCCGAGGAGGAGAUCUCCAGAACCCUGACGAAGAUCCUGCGUUAUGAUGCAGCAAAGCAUGGACUCAAACAAGACAGUGCUGGCUGGGUCGACAUGGAUGAACUCCUGGAGAAGUGCAACAUUCGUGGAAACAAAGAGGAGAUCCUGAUUGUGGUCGGAAUCAGUGAAGGGAAACAGGGCAGACGCUUUGAGGUUGACGUGCCGGAUGGAGGCCCUGUUCGAGUACGCGCCACCUACACGCACGGGAAGACCAUUCCUGCAAAGGACAGGGAGAAGUCGGAGGCCCGCAGUAACUCUGUGCCCAGGGGUGCCCAAAAUCGUGAUUGGCGUGGCACCGAAGAUCCCAGCGAGGAUCUCGCCUACGCCACGCCUGUGGUCAGUGACAAGGGCACCGAUGAUGGGACCGGAACGUUGGAGGCAACACAGGAGACAUGGCAGAAGUUCAGGGAUCCUGACUCUGGACAUCUUUGGUUCUACAACUCGGAGACUGAAGAUUUCUUCUUCGAGGUCACCGCGCAUGAGCAUGGUUGGACAAUGUAUAAUUCGGCACAGGGCCCAUGGUGGUUCCACGCCUCUGAGGGCCGCUUCUUCUUUGAUCCUUUGAUGGCUUGA